AGAAGUAGAAUGUAUCGAUAAAUAUGAAAAUAAAUGGUAUCUAUGAAACCCUGUGGGUGGAGUGUCAACGUUCUUACGAUGUACUACAAAGUUAUCUUACAGGCCUAAUUGGGACAACAGCCCUACGGGGUCUGGGUGAAGCUCCGCUGGCCCCUACUCGGGGAGAGCAACUGCGUGGUGCCUAGCUCCCUUCGAGGAGACUUUAAAAUUUAGAGAAGACACUACGGGGAUCCUCUAGGCCCACACGGCUAGCGGGCCAUGCAAUACCAGCGAAGAGGCUUGCAGCCCAUAGAGAAUCAAAAUCUCAGCCCUACGGGCCACUGUGAUGCUCGGGGACCCACUGUGUCGAGAUUAGCUCCUCCUCUUAGAUGAGUACAGUGAGUGUAUCCCACCUAAUUUUUUAAUCGACAUUCCUCCUUGCUCGAUUUCAUCUCGCUUACCGACCUGCGGAGGAAUUCCUUUUAUUUCUGCACAAUGAUUGGAUAUUCUACAAUAUCCAUCACCCACACAUCAAGUACCAAGACUUUGCGGCGCUACGUAUCUUUCAUAUCUCUGGUAUCUAUUAACACACUCAUCAAUAUGUGGCGGAUAUGCAAUAAAUCUCAAUAUGCAUGUAAUCAAAAUUUACCCGCAAAGGUCUUCUUAGCAUGAAGGGAGAAAAAAAAAAAAAUUGAACGGAAUUGAAAGAUCCAGUGGAAUUUUCCCGGUCAGAUCAAAAUCCCGCUAACCACUGAUCAAGCGGCCACGCCUCACCCACCACCAACUACCUAGACGUAAACCAUUGUCUCUGGUUUCUUCAUAGUGUCCCUGCAUUCUAGAUGCAUGUAACCACUAUCUUAAAAUUUUAUGUGAUUACGCGCUCUUAUCAAUGCCCAAUAGGGAAAGUAAGUACCCUUAUCAGAACAAAAUGCGAACACAAAUCCGCUUAAGAUCUUUUAGAGUUCCUGCUUAUACUUACAAUCUCAUCGGGUAGGCAUAAUCCUGCUCUAUAUAUAAGAUAUUUGGAGUCGCACUCUUCACUAAGGCGUCAACUAUUAGUAAACAUCCAUACCUUGUGAACAAUGUCGUCUGGCCUAGCUCCAGUUCUCUCAGGAGAACAAAUUAUCCAACAGGUUAAUUCAAACAAGAAGUUUUACAAUAACACACAGAAUGUCGAGGAACCUCAGAUUGAUGCAAUCAUGUCAACCUCUGACAACCAACUUUUAGCAGAAAUUGGGUACAAACCAGAGUUACAAAGACAUUUUUCCACUUUGCAAGUUUUCGGGGUGGCAUUCUCAAUUAUGGGUCUUUUACCAUCUAUUGCUUCUGUUCUUAGUACUGCGUUGACUGCAGGUCCAGCCGGCGCGCUUUGGGGAUGGGUUGCGGCAUCUCUGUUUAUUCUCACUAUUGGUGUUGGGAUGGCGGAACUUGGUUCCAGUAUGCCAACCUCCGGUGGGUUGUAUUAUUGGACAAAUUAUUUUGCUCCUCCAAAGUAUAAGACUGUAAUCUCCUACGUUGUGGGGAACACAAACUCGAUUGCCCUUGUCGGUGCUCUUUGUAGUGUUGAUUAUGGGUUUGCUCAAGAAGUUUUAAGUGUAGUGGUCAUUGCCAAGGAUGGUGACUUUACCAUCACUCCAGCAAAGACUUAUGGGGUCUUUGUAGCCUGUGUAUUCUGUCAUAUCUUGCUUACUUGUGCCGCUUCCAAGCAUUGUUCUCGGUUGCAAACUGCAUCAGUGAUUGUCAAUCUCGGACUCAUUGCCCUUUUCAUCAUUGCCUUACCAAUUGGAGCCAGACCUCAUUUCAAAGAUGGUGCCUACAUCUUUGGACAAUUGGAUAAUUUCUCCAUGUGGCCUAAAGGUUGGCAAUUCAUGUUGUCUUGGAUGCCUUCUAUCUGGACGAUUGGUGCCUUUGAUAGUUGUAUCCAUAUGUCUGAAGAAGCCCAUAAUGCAACUAGGGCCAUUCCUAUUGGGAUCCUUGGUUCGAUUUCCGCCUGUUUCGGUUUAGGUACGGUUAUUUUGAUUGUUACUUUGGCUUGUAUUCAAACUAAUGACAUUGAAGGUCAUAUUAUUGGAUCCAAAUUUGGCCAACCAAUGGCUCAAGUCAUCUAUGAUGCCUUGGGGAAAGAUUGGGCCAUUGUAUUCAUGGUUUUAAUUGCCAUUGCCCAAUUCAUGAUGGGUGCCUCGAUUUUGACUGCCAUUUCUCGUCAAAUUUGGGCCUUUGCCCGUGAUAAUGGGUUACCAUUCUCCUUUUGGAUUAAGAAGGUUAACAAGAAGUUGUCGGUCCCUAUCAAUGCCGUUUGGUUUGGUGGGAUCUUGGCCAUUAUCCUUGGGUUAUUAUGUUUGAUUGGACCAACCGCGGCAAAUGCCUUGUUUUCCUUGUACAUUGCCGGGAAUUAUUUUGCCUGGGGUUCUCCAAUUUUCUUUAGAUUGACCUCAGGUAAGAGCAAAUUUAAGCCUGGUCCAUUCUACAUGGGUGACUUUUGGUCUCCAGUCAUCAGUUGGACUGCAGUUGCCUUCAUUUGCUUUGUCAUUGUCAUGGUGAUGUUCCCAGCAAACCCAAACCCUCAAUCCACCACCAUGAACUAUACCUGUGUGAUCACCCCAGGUGUUUGGAUCUUGUCACUUAUCUAUUACUUUGUCUAUGCCCACAAGCAUUACCAUGGACCUCAAAAGACUGUUGAUAUCGAUGAGUCCGAGUUGGAAGCCGAAGUUUACAACGGGAUCGAUGCAAAGUUGGAGCUGGAAGAAAAGGCUUCACAAAAGGUUUAAAUCUCUCACC